AUGUUAACAGCUUUUAAAACAAUCAAAAAACUACACCCAAUCACUCCAAUACCAUUGAAUUAUAAUAAUAAUAAUAAUGGUUUAAAAAGAAAUAACAGUAAUGGGUGUAAUAGUAUAUUUAAAAAUGAUUCAUUAUCAUCAACAACAACAUUAUUAAACUGCAAUAAAAAUUCACAGACAGAUAACAAUAAUAAAAAUAAUAAAAAUGCAAUAAUUAAAGGAAAUUAUCAAUCACAAAGAAAUUUCGGAUCAUGGGGUUUUAGAUUUUUAAUGGGUUUUACAAUUGUUGGUUUUAUGUUUAUUGCAAGAAGAUGGCAACCAAGACAAAUUCAAAGAAUUAUCAAUAUGUUCAAAAAGGGUUCAGAUGAUAUGGAUAUUUUAUCACUUACAGCAAAUGACCAAACCUUUCUUUCAAAUAUAUCAUUUAAUCGUGAAAAAGAAGUAAACUAUUUAAAUUCAUUUCUUAUGAAGCCACCAAUUGGUCCUAUAGUCAUAGCUGGUCCCGAGGGUUGUGGAAAAUCACAUAUUGUUCGUAGAGUUUUAUCAUCAAGACAAAUGUCAAUUUUAGUAGAUAUGAGAAAAAAUGCUGUAAUUACAGAUGACGAAUUGUUGUUAUCAUUUUUAGGAAGAUUGGGAUAUUUAUUACCAUCAAGUGAUCCAAUUUCAUCAUUAUUUUUAAAACCUGAAAAAAAACAAAGAGUUAAUGUUCAAGAAAUUGUUCAAGGUUUAGAUACAGUCUUUCAAGCAUUAGUAAAAAUUAAAGAAACCUAUCAAAUUACACCAUUAAUUACAAUUUCAAAUAUUGAAGCACUACCAAUUUCUGAAAAUUUUACUAGAUUCUUAGAUUGGUGUAUUGCAGUAACUGACAACAAAUUGGCAAAUAUUGUAUUUUUAACAUCAUCACAAUUUAUACAUUUCCAUUUAGACCAAAAGGUUAGAAAUUAUUUGCAUUUGGUUUUUAGCGAUGAACAUUCUCAUACUAAAAUUGCAGAUCACCCAAUAAUAAAAUCAUCAACUGAAGAAGAAAAUGUAAAGGAUAGCGAUGAAAACUAUAACGAUACUACCACCAACAAUGAUCAAAAACAAAAUAAAAUUGCAAAUUAUAAUAAAAAUAAAAAUUCACAGAUCGUUAGUAGUGGAGGUCACAGUAGUUAUUUAAAAAAGGUUACAACAGGUAUCGAUUUAAUAAAUACAAAGAACUGGUUAUCAAAUGAAGAAAUUGAAAACAUGAUUUCAAUUUUUGGUGGUCAAAUGAGAGAUAUUGAUUUAAUCUCAGGUUUGGUAAAAAGAGGUGAAGAUUAUCAUUUUUUAGUUGACCUUUUCAUUUCUGAAUCUGUUCAAAAGUUAUCAUCUGUAAUCGAUUCAAUGUACCAAAAAGCAAAUGCAUCCGAUAGUGACACAAAGAAAACUCAAAUCUUUGAAAAGUAUCAACGUUUUUGGAAAAUGUUGGAGGUUCUUUCAGAUAAAUAUAUUAUUAGAGUCAGUGAUUUAAUUCAAGAAGUUUUUGAUGAACAGCCCGAAGAAUUGGAUGAAUACUUUCAAGAGAAUAUAAUUUAUUUUUGGGUGGGUUCAAUUAUUGAACAAAAGAUUUUAGGAGAAAGUGAGGAUCCAAAAGAAAAAUCAUUAAAUAGUAAAGAUGAUGACAAUAUGGGCAGAAUAAACUCUGCAAAAGUUGCAGCAGCUCAUGCCCCAAACAUGAUAGAUGAAAAUGGUAAAAUUAUUAUUUCAGAAGAUUCAACAACACCACCACCAACCAUAUCAAACAACAAACAUGAAUUAAUUGACAACUCUGUACCAAUCAACCCAAGCUCCGCCAAACCAACUGACCACAUUUUAAUAACAUCUGCAACAACUACAAGUGAAGUUCCAAAUAGUACUUUUUAUAGUUUGGUUAGUUUUUCAUCACCACGUAUUCAAUACUCUGUUCAGGUUUUAUCCAAAGAUCAACGUUUAAAGCAACAAAGAGAUGCCAUCGAUAAAUAUUUUAAGAAGCAAGAUUUGAAAGAUGAAAAAAAAGAAUUAGAGGAAGAAAAAGCAAUUAAAAAUGUGGAAUACGAUAAAAUCACUACCAGACUAGAUUCCCUUGUAGCAAAUUCUAAAGAGUGGGUCAAAUUUGUGGGUGAAACUGAUUUCAUAAAAAGAAAAGAUUUCUUAAUUCAAAAAGAAGAUGAACUUUUAACUCAAAUUGAAUCAUUAAAUCAAAAGAUAUAUUUAUUAGAAAAAGAGUUGGAUGAUUUAUAA